UUGCAAUUCAUCACGGAUAUGGCCGCCACAGACCCCGUCGGGGCUGCUCAAGCGGUCCAGCAGAUUCCCUACCUUGCCAACAACGCAUCGGGAGUGACGGAUACCGCAGAUGUGAGUUUGGCGCAAAAAUUGCGCAAAAAAGGGGCGAGUCCUGACUCUUGUGAGCUACCAACACAUUCAUCCGCCACAUUGUAUGACAGCAACUGUGAGUGGUUGAUGUAUCGACGGUAAUGGUGUUCCGAUGCCUUCUCGUCCCUGACACUUUUGGCGUUCCGCUGCCCCGAUGCGCGUUCGCGCUCACAGCGUAAGCGGCGAUAGCAAUGAAGCACAGCUUCCGUGGAAUAAUGCCACAGCUUUUAUCGCUACUGCUUCCACCAACAUCUCUGCCGCUGGUGGCUGGACCGCUCUGCCC